AUGGCCCUCCUCAGACAAUAUCCGCUCCUCUCAUUCUUCGUUGUCAUCAUAUCAUUUGUUGCUUGUUAUAGCACCUUGCAAGAGGACCCACUUAGUAGUAUAUAUGUUGAUGUUUCACCUUCCAUUGAUGAUGGUGGGACAUUCAAGAACCUGAUCGAGCAAAGCUCAGAUGUUUUGCGCUUAAAGAUGUUUGAUGAUUUGGGUAACACUUCCCCUUCCCCUAAUAAAAUGGUUAAUGUCAAAGAUUAUGGAGCUAAAGGAAAUGGUUUUACUGAUGACACAGAGGCAUUCGAGAGGGCUUGGCAAGUAGCAUGUUCUUCUGAGGAAGCAGUUCUUAUGGUGCCUCAGGAUAGUUAUCUACUCAAACCAAUCAGAUUCUCUGGUCCUUGUAAAUCUAGUAUCUCAGUUCAGAUUUCUGGAACCCUUGAAGCAUCAGAUGACCCAUCAGAUUACAGCAAAGAUGGCAAACACUGGCUUGUAUUUGACAGUGUUCAGAAACUAUCAGUUAAUGGUGGUGGAACCAUCAAUGGAAACGGUAACAUAUGGUGGCAAAACUCAUGCAAAAGGAACAAAAAGCUCCCUUGCAAGGAUGCCCCAACGGCUUUGACUUUCUAUAAUUGUGAGAACUUGAUAGUUGAGGACUUCACGAUAGAAAAUGCCCAACAAAUCCAUGUUUCAUUCCAAGACUCCAUGAAUGUUAAAGUUUCUGGUCUCAAUGUUAUCUCACCAGAGGAUAGUCCUAAUACAGAUGGGAUUCAUGUCACGAAUACCCAAAACAUUCAAAUCUCAAACUGUGUUAUAGGCACUGGUGAUGAUUGUAUAUCAAUUGUACAUGGAUCUAGGAAUGUACUAGCCACAGACAUAACCUGCGGACCCGGCCAUGGUAUCAGUAUUGGAAGCCUAGGGUCUGGAAAAUCCGAGGAAUUUGUUUCAGAAAUAACAGUGAAUGGAGCUAAGCUUUCUGGAACUAAAAAUGGUGUUAGAAUUAAGACAUGGCAGGGAGGUUCAGGAAGCGCAAGCAACAUUCAAUUUCAGAACAUUCAAAUGGACAAUGUGACCAACCCCAUAAUCAUAGACCAGAGUUAUUGUGACAAAAAAAAGAAGCCAUGCAAAAAACAGAAAUCGGCUGUACAGAUCAGGAAUGUUUUGUACAAGAACAUAAUAGGUACAAGUGCUUCUAAUGUAGCUGUGAAGUUUGAUUGUAGCCAGAACUUUCCAUGCGAGGAGAUAGUGUUACAGAACAUAGACCUGCAAUGUGAAGGAGCAGAAGCUGAGGCUUCAUGCAACAAUGUUGAAUUGUCUUACAUAGGACACGUUAGCCCUCGCUGCUACUCAUAG